AGCAGAAGGAGAGGGAGAAAAAGGAGAGCGAGAUGAAGAAGAAAUUCAAAAUCACAGGACAGGAGGAUGCCAUGUACGAGGCCAAAGUCACCGUGACGAAUAAAGGGCGCAAGAACGACCUGCCGGUGAAGAGCGGGGACGUCAUCAGCAUCAUCAGAACUACCAACUGUCCCAAAGGGAAAUGGCUGGCCAGAGACAGCAGCAACAACUACGGGUACGUUGCUGUGGAUCAUGUGGAGCUGGAUAUUCAGGAGAUGUUGGCGCUGGGGAAGAAGGCUGCAAUCAACCGCAAAACCAACAACAACAACAACAACGUGAUGGAGCCUGAGGCGACCAGAGCAGGAAGCAGAGGUUCCAACCACUACCAGACAGAGGAGAUCUUCACUGAUGACAGCGAGGAGUGGACUGGAGAUGAUGAAGAGCCUCUGACUCCUCCUCCCAACACCACAGAUCCUCUCUCUUCACCAGGUCACUCCAGGACGCUCUCCAUGCCAGACAUGGGAAACAAAGACCUGAAUGUGAACCAUCAGCACAGCACCAGCGACCUCAGUCAUGAAGGCACACACCACCAAGCGAGACAUGAGGCACUUCAGAAGUUAGCGACAUUUUUCCAUUCAGCUCCAAAAGCUGCAGAGACGGCUGGAAGCAUUGAACCUGAACCAGCUCCGGCUCCCGUCCUUCCCGUCGUGGGCCCUGUAAAGGAGGAAGUGGCUGCCGUACCUGUCGCUGACUCAAACCCCCCAGAGCCGCUCGACUUCGACCAGAGCGAUUUAUUCAUCUUACCGCCUCCCGAGCUGUACGCAGACUUUGCUGUGGAGUAAAUAUCUGAACACAAAGGAGGAUCCAGCUGUUAGGGGCCACCUUCUUCACCCUGGGACCGGUGUCUCUCAUCAGACUGUGACAGAAACUUUAUUCCCCUAUAACUUUGACCUUUUGACCUGCUGGCUGCAGAAAUGGAGAUAAGCAGAGCGAAACCACGAGGGACGGUUCAGCUCAGAGGGACUUUACUGAUACCAGGAGGCCUGGAGAGGACUAAGAGACUGAUACAGUCCCGGAUUCCAAGCCUCUGAGACCAGGACUGCUCCUCUAGAGAAUUAGACACUUCACAUGUAAAUACCUGAGCGUAAGCUCCGUCUAGAGAUGGAGAAACACAGAGGACGAUUGAGAUCAGGAGGGGGUCGUUUUAAUCCUGCUUGAUUCUUCUAAUAACAUUCAUAAUCAUUUUUCAUCAUUUUACCCUGUUAGAGGUCUGAUCAGUGUCAGAUCAGGGCUAUCAUCAGUUCUAAAGACUGAAUCUUUACCUGAGGGUGCACCCACACUGGGCCCAGCCAGGGCCACCAAUGUGGGGAGGGGGGUUUUGGGGCCCGGCCCCAUGGGGGGGCUGUGGAGGUCAGCAGAAAUGUGCUCUAUUAAAACCUGAAUCUUCACCAUUCUUCUCAGUGACACAAAAACACCUUUAAUGUGUCGAUGCGUCAGAAGUUGACUCUUCCGUCAUGUACCCCCCCCCCCCAUCAGUGUGGAGCAGAGCCCAGACCUAAGAGUGGAGAAACUGCAAUAAAGCAGAGUGAGCUCACUGGUUUAACAUCCAACAUCUCUGAUAUCCAUCCAACAUCUCUGAUAUCCAACAUCUCUGACAUCCAACAUCUCUGACAUCCAAC